CCGGACAAUUGGCAUGCACUGCUCAAUUAAAAGAUGGAGCGCGCCGCCAUGUUGCUGCGAUUGCGCGUGCUAUUCUUCAAUUCAUCACGAUGGUCGCAUUCUCGAGUUUGUGUGCUGCACUGACGUUGUUUGGGCAUGGCGCCACGGCGCGGCGAGCUCUCACCAGGCGCAAUAAUACUGAAAGCUAUGCGACAAACAUGCUUCACGAAUCCAUGGAUUGGAUGGACAUGUAUUACGAUAAUGAGAGAGGCUACCUUUUCGACCUAGACUCGGCCGCAUUGGUACAUGACACCAGAUCUAGUGCAUGGUAUGCAGCGGGCUUGUUGGCGAGAAACGAGGCAGACGACGUCGAGCAGGCGAUGCGCGUUGUGACCAACAUAAUUGACGCGCAGUUUAAGAAUGAGAGCCAGCAGUGGUACGGCGACUACCAGAAGUACCCCGAAGAGCCUACAGUCGGGACUGCACAAUACCCAGCCAACAUCUACAACUCGUGGGAUCCAAAUUGGCGUGGUUUCAUUGGCACAACGUUUGUUCUCAUGCUCGAGGAGUUCCCACAUCUUAUACCACAAGAGACGCAAGACUACAUGAUGGAGAGUCUCUUCAACACGACAAUCGGUGACAGCUACCGCGUGGGCGGCGUUGACACCGACAACCUGUACCCAGCAUACAGCAAUCCUUCAAUUAUGCGAGCCUUCGUAUCUGGUUGGGUCGGUCGCAGAACCAACGAGUCGAACAUGACUACUGCGGGCGAGGCGUACGCAACUGAAAUCAUCGAUCUGUUCAAGCGCGACAACACGCUUUCGGAGUUUAACUCUGGUACCUAUGCAGGUGUUUCGCUUUUCGCGCUUACCCUGUGGGCGAAGUAUCUUCCGCAAGACAGUGUGAUGGGCCAGUACGGCAGCGAAAUGAUUAGGUACACCUGGACGUCGCUCGGCGAGCUCUACAAUGCCAAUCUGAAGAACGUCGCCGGUCCAUGGGAUCGUAGCUACGGAUACGAUAUGAACAAGUACCUGAGCAUUCUUGCGCUGCAGAUGUGGACGCUGGUUGGCAAGGACAAGGCGCCCAUGAACGCAAAGCCUUACGCCAUGGGUCACAAGAAUGACUUUGCUAUUUCUCCAUUGAUCGCCAUCCUCGCGCCGUUCCACAACACACUCAUCUCCAACGCAACACUCUCGGCGCUCACUACUUUCCCCGGUACUCACACUGUGAAGACGUCCGCUUUUUCGCCUCCCUUUGACACCUACCCGCGUAACAUCACUGCUUGGAUGAGCGACAACCUGACAAUCGGCGCUGAGAGCUUCUCGGAGAACGUCAUCGGCGGGCCAGCGAAGAACCCGAGUUCGUUCAACCCUGCCGUUGUCCAGUGGGGAAGAAAAGACGGCAGCGUUGGAUGGCUGAGCUUGUACGCGCAGGUGUACGCUCUCAACGCCGAGACUGGCGAGAACUACCUCGAGCUCUCGUACCCGCAAGGCAAUGCCACGAGUGGUUUCUCGUUCCUGGUCGGCACGAACAGCUGGGACGGAAAGCGCGAUGUUGCUUCCUGGUCUGAUGUCGAGGGUAUCAAAGUCAACGUCACCGGCUCGGUGAAUCAGACCUACACGGUGGCUUACAAUGGAGCGAAUGGUGGAGCUGGCAAGCCGGUCAACGAGUUCGAGUUCUGGAACUUCACGUAUCUGAUGCCGCCGGGUUCCACGGAGGUGCCGAGGGUCAGACUCGAGUUUGAACUGGAGUAGAUCAUCCCGUUGUGGAACAUGCAUAUGAAAUAAUUGAGAGAUUGUAUAUAGAGAGCUAGCUUAAUAUUACUACAUUAUAGUAAACAGCAGGA